AUGAAUUUAACUUUGAUCUUCACCCUGAUCAGCCUUUUGCUUGGUGUUUGGAGUGCACCGAUAGAAGAACCUCCUUAUACGCAUUUCGUGACGUUUCACAUCACCCAGGACGAUCAGCCUUUGGGUGAUCUGGUGCUGGGACUGUACGGUACUGUCGUUCCUAAGACCGUGAAGAACUUCUACCAGCUCGCUGCUAUGACACCCGGGUUUGGAUACGAUGGAUCCUUAUUCCAUAGAGUCAUUGAGGAUUUUAUGAUUCAAGGAGGAGAUUUUACAUCUGGAGACGGGAAAGGUGGUCGUUCGAUAUAUGGUGAGAACAAAGGAGAUUUUCCUGAUGAGAAUUUUGUUUUGAAGCAUGACAGAUUAGGAAGAGUAAGCAUGGCAAACUCUGGAAAGGAUACCAAUGGAUCUCAAUUCUUUAUUACUGCCAAAGCUACUUCUUGGUUAGAUGGACAUCACGUUGUGUUUGGCCAAUUGGUUGAUGGGUUUGAAGUGUUUAGUAGCAUCAUCAAAACUCCUACCAACUCAAGGGAUAAUAAGCCAACGGCUAAAAUUAUGAUUAAAAACGCAACCGUAAAGGAAGUUGAUGAGUCAGAUAUAAAGUCGAAACAAACUGACUCACCAAAGGCAGAAGAAUCAAACGACAAAGGGUCGGAAAGUAAGCAAUCCGUCGAAGGCACCGCUCAUACUGGUUUAUGGGCAUUGGUAUUUUUUGCAGCAAUUGGAAUUGUAGCUUUCCUGAUUUACAAGAAGUCUAUCCGCCACACUCUUUACACCAAAUUGAACAAAUGA